AUGGCAGUAUUUCACCAGAACUCCACUGACUUCAUCCUCUUGGGCCUCAUCACACAUCCUACAUUCCCAGGGCUUAUCUUUGCAGUGGUCUUCUCCAUCUUUUUGGUGGCUGUAACAGCCAAUGUGGUCAUGAUUCUGCUCAUACACACAGAUUCCCGUCUUCACACACCCAUGUACUUCUUGCUUAGUCAACUCUCCAUCAUGGACACUGUCUACAUUUGCAUCACUGUCCCCAAGAUGCUGCAAGACCUCUUCUCCAAGGAAAAGACCAUCUCCUUCCUGGGCUGUGCAGUUCAGAUCUUUCUCUAUCUGACCCUGAUUGGAGGGGAAUUCUUCCUGCUGGGCCUCAUGGCCUAUGACCGCUACGUGGCUGUGUGCAGCCCUCUUCGAUACCCUCUCCUUAUGAACCGUAGGAUUUGCUUGCUUAUGGUGGUGGGCUCCUGGAUUGGUGGUUCCUUGGAUGGAUUCAUGCUGACUCCCUUUACUAUGAGUUUCCCCUACUGUGGGUCCCGAAAGAUCAACCACUUUUUCUGUGAGAUACCAGCGGUACUGAAGCUAUCAUGUGUUGACACAUCACUCUACGAGACCCUCAUGUAUGCCUGCUGUGUGCUGAUGCUGCUUAUCCCUAUAUCUGUCAUCUCUGUCUCCUACACUCGCAUCCUGCUCACCGUUCAUCAGAUGAACUCUGCUGAGGGCCGGAGAAAAGCCUUUGCAACCUGUUCCUCCCAUAUUAUGGUGGUGAUCAUUUUCUAUGGGGCAGCCUUCUACACCAAUGUGCUGCCCCAUUCAUACCACACACCAGAGAAAGACAAAAUUGUAUCUGCCUUCUACACCAUCCUCACACCAAUGCUCAACCCACUCAUCUACAGCUUGAGAAAUAAAGAUGUGACCACAGCGCUAAGGAGGUUGAUGGGGAGAUAUGCUUCCUCCCAGAAAAUCAGAGUGGAGGAUGUGCCCAGGAAAUACUAG